GUUGUUGACAGUUGUGAAACAAGUAUUCUGUGUCAUUUUCUUUGUUGUUCCAAACAAUGACACAUACCAGUAUAAAGUGUAUCAGACAAUGACAGCGGAUGUGAUAUUGCUGGAAAUUGCUACAUGAAUUACACUGUCUGAUGCCAAUGACCCAAACUACCAGGGCCAGGGCAGGAAAGGCUGGUGCACAGCCGUCAUUCAAAAGGUGCGCCAGGAAACGAUCAUGAUGCCAAACAAGGUACUGCAAGAGGGUAACAAGGACCGAAACUAAACAAGGUGGGGACUUGUUUACGAGUCGACUUGGAUAUAAAGAGGCGGCCGACACAACGACCGAUACCACAUUCAGCCUUGGUCAACGGUUACAAACUUUGAGAACUUUAACAACAAAGGCGUCUUCAAAAGUCACAGUUUGAAUUCGGAAUCCAUGUACUUUUUCAGAUAGAAAAAUAUUGAAGCAACCAAACAUUGAGACAAAACCACUGCACUGUAUGAUCAUUAUGGAUCCACUACAAAACGACACGGCAACAAAUGAGACACUCGUCGAUGGUGCUGAGGUCGAGUUUCGGUUUUCAGACUACAACCAGCGUGUCGUCCUUGCCUCCAUCUACUUCAUUAUCUCUAUCUUGGGUUGUGUUGGCAACGCGAUGGUUAUCGUCGCUGUCUGCCUCGCACGCCGCCUCCGGACCAUCACUAACGUCUUCGUGGUAAGCCUGAGCAUCGCCGACCUGCUCACCUGCCUGGCUCUGCCGUUCAACGCCGUCAACCUCCUUGACGCCGAUCUGGGCUCCUCCAUGCUCCCCGAGUGGAUCUGCAAGGCCGUGGCUCUGGUGCUGUACGUCUGCGGGGGCUGCAGCUUGUACACCCUGGCAGCGAUUGCCAUCAACCGGUACAUCCUCAUUACCCGACCGGUCCGGACUUACCGGAGUCUGUACUCGAGGUGCAAAACUGCCGGCAUGGUCACCGCCACGUGGUUGGUGCCGUUCCUGGUCGCAUUCUUCCCGCCUCUGUUUGGACUUGGCGAGCUGGGGUACGCUGAGAAGUAUGGAAGCUGUACCCAUAAGACAAGCAACCCUCUGUCUCACGUCUACAGCAUUGUCCAGGCUGUCAUCUUCUACCCCGGACCAAUGACGAUCAUCAUCGUCUGCUACGUGAAGAUUUUCAAAUAUGUCAAGCAGCAUUGUAAGCGACUGAUGUGUUCCCAAACAGAAGGCUCAGUCUCAUCGCUUCGUAAAAGCAACGCAGACACAGAAUCCAACCCCAAAGAUUCCUAUAAGCUGAAGCGUCCUUCCACAAGCCGCAAGCAGAUCGACAUCACCAAGAAUCUCUUUUGUGUUGUACUAGCCUUCGUCAUUUGCGUGUCGCCGUUCGGCAUUGCCUUGAUGAUACCUCCGAGCGAUCCCUUUAUUCCCUGGGCUGCCGCCAUCUUAGUUCUCAAUAGCUGCAUCAAUCCGAUCAUCUACGCUACCAAGCACCCUCACUUCAGGGAAGUGUUUCGUCUUAUGCUUCGCUGUCAGUGCUCCAAGAUACGCCCAAAGAACAGUCUCGUCCGGCAGAACGUUAUAAGACGCAGAUAGCCGGUGUUGAAUCUUGAAGAAGACUUCAAAUGUGACUGAUCAGAGAGAGACUCUGACCCUUAUGCAAUAUCUCAUCAAUGUACCUCCGAAAAUAUUUUGGAUUGUUUACUAACUCAAAUAAGCUUUCAAAUAUGAACUUGAAAAGGCCUCAUAAAGCUGUAUAUAAUUAUGCCUUUCAAGACAAGCGUUCUUCGUCUAAAUAUAAUACAUGUAGUGCUCGUACCUCUGAACAAAUCUUAUUUUCUUAGCCUAAAAUAUAAUUAUCAAAUAUAAACGCUACACUUUCCAAAGCUGAAGCCGACUCUUCUACAAUCUACGACAGCAGCACAGAUUUGAUAAAUGAGGGCGGUAACCUCUCCUGAAU